UUUAUUUUUGACCCACGCGAACGUGACCGAAGACAUGACUGAAACAUAACCAAUUUGCCAUGAUGGAGAGUCAGGAGUCAUCCUGUUCCUUAGCAACACCAGAGAGAAGCUCCAACCCUCCAGAGCCAGUCAGGUCCUCGACCCCCAAACACAGGAAGUCACCUAAGAGACGACGGGAGGAGAAGAGGUCCCAAUGCCAUCAUCAGGAUGACCAGGAACACCUGUUACUGCCCGACAGCGAGCAACGCAGGUUGCCGGGCCAACACGAACACUCCGAGCCCUCUGGGUCUUCGACGGCGGAGAUGGCAGAGACCUCCCCUAAAAGGAGAGCUCACUUUCUCCAUGGACCUUAUCCUGCCACUCACUUUGGACCCAAAGCCUGUAUUCUUCCUAACCCAACCUCAGUCAUGCACAUCCAGGAUCCGGCCAGUCAGCGCCUGACGUGGAACAAACCUCCAGUCAACGUUCUGGUCAUCAGGAAGAUACGAGACGAGAGCCUGGUGGAACCGUUCAAAGAACUCUGCCGCUUCCUUGUUGAGGAGAAGCAGAUGAUGGUGUAUGUGGAGAGGAGGGUUGUGGCUGACGUCUCCCUCACUACGGACGAGACCUUCGCCUCAAUCCGAAACCAACUCUGUACCUUCAGAGAAGGUUAUGAUGACAUCUCUCACUGUAUUGACCUCAUCAUAUGUCUGGGAGGAGACGGGACUCUACUCUACGCCUCCUCUCUCUUCCAGGGCAGUGUUCCUCCAGUUAUGGCGUUCCACCUGGGCUCUCUGGGUUUUCUGACACCGUUCAAGUUUGAAUCAUACAAGACAGAGGUGGCUAAAGUAUUUGAAGGUAAUGCAGCCAUCACGCUGCGUAGUCGUCUGAAGGUGAAGGUGGUGAAAGACAUGCUCCAGAGGACAGGCCAGCCAGACACAGAGCACAACGGUCUGCUGCAACAUGGACACACCAACAGCGAGGCCGGGAAGGUUACCCUACAGAUGCAGGUUCUGAAUGAGGUGGUGGUGGACCGAGGCCCCUCCUCCUACUUGUCUAAUGUUGACCUGUACCUAGACGGACGCCUCAUCACCUCUGUACAGGGAGAUGGUGUGAUCGUGUCGACCCCUACAGGCAGCACAGCGUAUGCAGCAGCAGCAGGAGCCUCAAUGAUCCAUCCUAAUGUCCCAGCCAUCAUGGUCACCCCCAUCUGCCCACACUCCCUCUCCUUCAGACCUAUAGUGGUGCCUGCUGGGGUCGAGCUGAUGAUCACCCUCUCCCCUGAUGCCAGGAACACUUGCUGGGUGUCGUUCGACGGUAGGAAGAGACAGGAGAUCAGACAUGGAGAUUGUAUAAAGAUCACUACGUCGUGCUACCCAGUACCAUCUAUCUGUUGUCAUGACCUGGUGUAUGACUGGUUUGAGAGUCUGGCUCAGUGUCUGCAUUGGAACGUCAGAAAGAAACAAGCUCGUCUGGCUGACCAUGUCUCGGACUCCUCCGAUACAGAGAACUGAACACACACACACACACACACACACACACACACACAGAAAGACAGGUACGCAUGCACACUCACACACAC